AUGACACCUACGAUCCGCCAUGGGUGUUAUGUUACGCAGCAGGAUGUACUCAACUACUUCACGCAGAGGCGUCUACCCCCGGUUGGUUCACGCGAGAUUGAGGAAGAAGAAGCGGAAGCGUUCGCUGAAGACCCAACACUGCUCGUGGGGAAGCAUUUCGUUUGGUAUGGGGCCGACAAUCAGGAGAUAGACUUCGUGGUCUUGCGCGUGGGGCGCUCAGCUGCAGGAAGAUGGGUCGAGUUGCAGCACGAAGAUUGCGUUCCUGUCAAGAUGGGUGAAUUGGAGAUGGAUGACAUGUUGGAAGACAGUUUCAUCAUUGAUUGA